AUGAGUUAUGAAGACAUUUUCUUCCAUGUCAUUACUCCUGACGAAAGCGUCGAGCAUUUGAUAAAGAAACACAAGAUGCGCGAAACUCUGCAGAUAACCGAAAGCUUGAUUCGAGGCACUACUCCCUUGAAGAACAAAAUUCUUAGGAGACCCCAUGUUCUUGCAGCUAGAGUAAAUGUAGGCAAGGAAGACGACCCGUUUGUUAAUGAGGUACGAAAGUUAAAUUUGAAUGAACUUGAAGUUCUCUCCAUUACGUACGAAAAAUAUCCAUUCUGGGAGUCUUUCAAAGCAUCAUGGCUUAUAUCAUUCGUGCGAUCCCGGCAUCUCACCUGCCAUCGCCACCCUACCAUUCAUACAAAGUUGAUAUCUCAGUGCAAAAAGUCAGGCGGCACCUUUAAGGAGAUAUUUGAGCUGGCAGAGAUGGCGGCAGCAGAAAAAAUGAUUAAACAGAGCAAGCGACCACGCGAGUCAUCUGAACACGAUGGCACAGAGCCAAAACGACAACAUGUGGAAGGAACACCGGCGAAUUGUCAAGGAACUAUGUGCAUUCAUGGGAAGCUGGAUCAAAAUGAAUUGCAUGACAGCAGAGACAAGGGCGAGGAGGCGCAGGUAACACAGCCAAACGACUACGUGGGACAAUCUUUUCUUGUCAACAUCGAAGACGCACGAUUUGCACUGGCAAGCAGCCAAAAUGUUUGGGAGAUAUGGCUAACAAACCCGGAGCAGAGGUAUAACUCAUUCUUCGGGAAAAAGGCGUCUUUCAUCACCCUUUGGCUUAAAGAAGAAAUAGGCGAUAUCUUGGGUUAUCGAAGCAGAAGAAUUACGACUGCCAAGGACGCUGAUGCUAGUUCAGAGUAA